AUGUGUGACAAGAGUUGUAAGUCCAAUGGAAAACAAUUAUGCCUUGAUUCAACUUGUUGUUUGCCUCAUCAAGUGACAAGUGAAAAUAGCUCCAAUAAUAUUGGAGAAAACUCCACGGAUUUGGAGAGUUUGGCUUAUCAUCAACAUGUGAAAUCCAACACCACUUUUCUUCAUGCUGUUAUAAAUAUGAUUGGAAUGCUUAUAGGUCUUGGACAACUAUCAACUCCAUAUGCUUUAGAAAAUGGAGGGUGGAUGUCUUCAAUAAUUCUUAUAGGACUUGGAAUAAUAUGUGCUUAUACUUCCCAUCUACUUGGAAAAUGUCUACAAAAAAAUCCCAAAUCAAAAGACUAUAAAGAUAUUGGACACCAAGCAUUUGGAACAAAAGGGAGAAUCAUAGUCACAUCUUUUAUAUACUUAGAAAUUUUCAUGGCCCUUAUUUCUUACACAAUUUCUCUACAUGACAACUUGUCCAUUGUGUUCAUAAACACAAAUUUAAAAUUAAAAGGGAUUUUAUUUCACUUAUCUACUUCACAAAUAUUAACAACAAUUGCUAUUCUUAUAGCUAUUCCUACCCUUUGGUUAAGAAAUUUUUCUUCUAUUUCUUUUCUUUCAAGUGGGGGAAUUUUUAUGUCACUUUUAAUAUUUGUUACUGUGGCAUGUACUGCUAUUUUUGGUGGUAUAAAAGCUAAUCAUCAAAUACCAUUUCUUCAUUUACAAAAUAUUCCUUCAAUAUCUGGACUUUAUAUUUUCAGCUAUGCUGGACAUAUUGUUUUUCCUAAUAUCUACACAGCAAUGAAAGACCCUUCAAAAUUCACCAAGGUAUCAAUAGUGAGCUUUUCAUUAGUGACAACACUAUAUAUAUCCUUAGGUUUUAUGGGAGCAAAACUCUUUGGUCCACAAGUGAGUUCACAAAUAACUUUAAGUAUGCCCCAUGACCAAAUCAUCACAAAAUUUGCAUUAUGGGCAACAAUACUCACACCAAUGACAAAAUAUGCACUGGAAUUUGCACCAAUUGCUAUUGAGUUAGAAGAAAAUUUGCCAUCUUCAAUGAAAUCUAAAGUCAAGAUGAUGAUAAGAGGAAUUGUUGGAUCAAUUUUGUUACUAGUAAUCUUGAUUUUGGCCCUUAGUGUGCCAUAUUUUGAACAUGUUCUUAGUCUCACUGGCUCAUUAGUUGGUGUUGGGAUAUGUGUCAUUUUCCCUUGUGCUUUUUACACUAAGAUUUUUUGGGGAGAAAUUUCGAGGAUGAGUUUGAUUCUUAAUGUUGCUCUCAUCAUUAUUGGUGGGCUUUUAGGAGUUGUUGGAACUAUUUCUUCUUCUAAGUUGUUGGAGAAAAGUCUGAAGAGGGCUCAUGACUCGACUUAG